AUGACACUGUUUAGGGUCAUGUUCAGCACACGUUAUCAAGCACAAAGCCGGCGCUUCCUCAGCACCGAGGCGGGCGGAGCGCUCAGGGCCGCCACCUGCAUCUACUCAGGAAGCCCUGCCAGUCCUCCGCGGAGGUGCGGUGCUUGCACCCAUCUCACGGAGGGGCACGCCGAGUCCUCGUGGCAGCAGGGGGCGCAGGGCUGCCCUGGGGUGGGGCCCCCGGGCACACCCCACUCGGAGGGGACGGCUGGGCUCCCCUCUCCCAUCAGAACAGGGUCCCCGGAGGAGAGGAACCGAAGGGACACGGGAAAGAACACACAGGGAGCCCACGGAGGGCGCAGCGGGAAGCACACGGAGAACCGCCCUCCCCUCCUGAACCAGGGGAGGACCAGGCCGUCUGAUAGAAGUCCUGAGCUGGUGACAGGUGGGGGGAGUAGUAGCAAGGGGCAGGCAGCGGAGCGGGAGGGCCGGGAGGGACACCAGGAUACGCGGAUGCUCGAGCGCUCGGGCGGGCAGCCCCCCGUCCGGGAUCGCAUCCGCGGCCGUGCGGGCCUGCACUGCGAGGAGGCGGUCUGCUCCUGGUUCUUCACUGCGGGCCUCACGCGUAGCUCGCGGCUCGGUCCCCACAGGGGACGGUGCAGUAAACGGUGCUCGAGCUGCACGUUGGCAUACGUGCGGCCACAGAGACACACCAUGGAAGCCUUUUACACGCUGAUUCGGAACGAUCCACAGACGCAUGAGGGCAUGUCAGCAGUGGCCGCGUCUGCAGGGCUGGUGAGGGUCAGAGGCCAGGCCGGCCUGCUCGUGGGGGUAGAGGUGUCAGAGCUCUCGUGGCUCUGUGAGGGGCCAGACUUCUCCUCCCAGCCCAAGGACUACCACCUUGAGCAGAGCCAGCAUCACCUCAGCCUUCGCCUCAGCCAAGAGAGCGGUCCCGAAUGCCAGACAGAGCACGCGGCCUCCGGACAAAGUCCCCCAGCAGGCUCCUGUCCCUCUCUGCCGGCCUGCUCUCGGAGCCCUGACCCUCGCACUCCACUCCUGCCUGCCGAGCUUCUGUCACUUCCUCCAGCCCCUGCAUCUUCGCGCAUGCUGGCCCCCGAGCCUGAAACACGCCUGGCUCUGCCCCUCUCCUGUCCGAAACACCUCCUCAAACUCCAGGCCUGGGCACAGUGUCACCUCCCCAGAGCCACCUCACCCGGCCCCCGCGUGGGCACCACUGCCUCCGAAACCUCCCGCCUGGGACCAGCCACAGCUUCCCAGCUUCUAGAGCUGCAGCUACGCUGGUCCCUCACAGAUGCCUGGCAGCCCAGACUCCGUCACCGCACCGGCUUGUGGCGGACGCGGACUCAGAGCAGCCGGAAUGCUCAGGAGGCUCUGCUCCCGCACGGCCCAGAGGACGAGGUGCACACUUGGGCACACAGCCCAGCAGGGCAGCUUCCCUCUCCACUGCCCGGUGCCCCAGGGUUCGGAUCCUGCCGGGGACCCACCACACUGUUCGUGAAGCUGCAUCUCUGCAAGGCCAAUUGCUCUGCCUGGGGUUCUGCCUUGCCUCUCACGGGCAGGCCGCGGGCUCUCCCCACUCGGCAUGGGACCUGGCAGCAGGCAGAUGCCCCUGGAGACCUGUCGGGAGAAGAUGCUCCCAGACGUCGCUCCGUGGGGCUGGCCCUGCUCAAGACGCUCUACUCCGACUGUGUUCACAAGGAGGGCACACUCCUGAGGGACGGGAGUCACGAGCACGUUAUCAAGCCAAGGGGACCGUGA